UUAGAUCGGGUCCUGAAGAAAUCUGUCUCCCAAUUACGGAUAAAGAUAAACAGCUUUUUCAGAAAUUAAUAACAGACCAGGAGGAGAUGAUUGAUAUUGUAAUGAAUGAGUAUCGAUUUUUACUUCAUUACGAACAUAACUAUAAGAGCGGAAAAUUAAUACAUAUAAUGUGGGUAUAUAUAUGUACUGAAAAAAGUGCUGAGAAAGUAUUGAUAGAGGGUUUUAUUGGGUUGAGAUUAUACCAGUCUGAAUCCAUGGAUUCUGAAUCGGAGCUGGAUGAAUCAGUCUCUGUUUCAGAUUUGUUGUGA